GCCUCGCCUCACCUCGCAACCUCCGUCCUCCCCCAUCACCCUCCGUCCCGUCCAUCCCCAUAGCCGGCGAGACGUCACGACCUCACCUCCCAGUCCCCUGCUGUCCAGAUCUACCCGUCCCUACCCAUUGCUCCGUUCAAUUCGAUCCCAUCCCAUCCCAUCCCAUCCCAUCAUCUCUGGGUUUCGAUUCGAUUUGGUUGCAGCUGGUGGAUCCGGGAGUCCAUAAGAUGGCCGCUUCCUAUGUGUUGUCCGUGCAGCCAAAUGAGCCCUUUAGGGAAUCCGUUAGUUUUAAAUCUGAUAAUAGUCCUGAAUAGCUUGCUGCCGGUAGGGGCCAUUAAUCAGCUUCUGAGGAAACUAUUCAGAGCCAGUCUUCUUCUGUUCUACGGUUGUACUAGGGCGGAUCUCCUUCUCACAGGCGGAGAUUCCUGUUUGUCUGCGGCGCACUAUAGCUGGCGGUCCUCCAUAGCCAUGGAUCACAAAAGCCUGUGGGUGUCCUUUCUUCCACUAAAAACACAUAUCAAGGGCCUAGCCCCAGCCUCAGAUUCAGAUAAAGCAGAUAUAGUCGAUGAGGCGAUAACUUUCUUCCGAGCAAAUGUUUUCUUCAAAAACUAACAUGUCAAAAGCCCAGCAGACAAGUUGCUUAUCUAUCUGACAUCUUACAUCAAUAUUGCCUUGAAAAGACUAGAAAGCUGCCGGACACUGGCUGUUGGAACUAAGGCAAUCAUUAACCUGGGGUUGGAAAAUGUCCCUGUGCCCGGGGAACCAGGGUUUCCUUUCCCUGGACUUUUCACUCUUCCAUUUCGAGAUGACGUGGUAUAUUGUAGUAACUGGGUUAUGCGGUACUAAUGGACCAUUGCAAUCCUUUUAUCUCAUAUGCCAUUUUAUUAAGACUACCCACAGUGGGAGUAAUAUAAGUGGUAACAUCACACAUCUCUAGACAAAACAGAUGAUUUUUGUAUCUAAGCUAAACCUUGGUCAAUUAAGAUCAAUUAUUAAGGCUGCUA